AGGGAGGAAGGUGCACGGGAUCGUUUCCUGUCGCGGUCGCUCGUGCGAUGUGAAGAUGGCGGAGCUGCAGAUGCUUCUGGAGGAGGAGAUCCCCGCGGGACGAGGAGCCCUGCUGGACAGCCACGCGAAUUUGGAGCGAGUCGCAGAAUACUGCGAGAGCAACUACAUCCAGUCCCCGGAUAAGCACAGAGCUUUAGAAGAGACUAAGAACUACACCACACAGUCUCUGGCCAGCGUCGCCUAUCUGAUCAACACGCUAGCCAACAAUGUUCUGCAGAUGCUGGACAUCCAGGCGUCCCAGCUGCGCCGCAUGGAGUCGUCCAUCAACCACAUCUCACAGACGGUGGACAUCCACAAAGAGAAAGUGGCUCGGCGUGAGAUCGGCAUCCUCACCACCAAUAAGAACACCUCUCGCACGCACAAGAUCAUCGCACCUGCCAAUCCUGAGAGGCCGGUGCGCUAUAUACGCAAGCCCAUAGAUUACAGCCUGCUGGAUGACGUGGGUCAUGGAGUCAAGUGGUUGCUAAGGUUCAAGGUUAAUGCCCAGAACAUGAAGACGGGCACGACCCCCCGCACAUCUGCGCCCACUCAGAAACCCCCCAGUCCUCCAGGCCCUGGGAAGGGCACGCUCGGGCGCCACUCCCCCUACCGGACGCUCGAGCCCGUGCGUCCCCCCGUCGUCCCUAAUGACUACGUGCAGAGCCCGACCCGCACCACGGCUCCGCCCCUCCAGAGCCCGGCACGCACCGCCUCCGUAAAUCAGAGGACCCGCACGUACAGCAGCGGCAGCAGUGGAGGAAGUCAUCCCAGCAGUCGGAGCAGCAGCAGGGAGAACAGCGGUAGCGGCAGCGUGGGCGUGCCCAUCGCCGUGCCAACCCCCGCCCCGCCCUCCGCUUUCCCAGGUACCUCCCCUGCCCCCCCCAAACCCCUCCCCACCGUCGCCAUCCCACCUCCUCCGGCACCUCCCCCUCCCCCCACCCCAGAGCCUGCGUCUCCCGCCCCGGCGCCCCCAGCGGAGGCGCCCCCUGAGAUUCCUCCUCCUCCUCCUCCUCCUCCUCCCCCACAACUGCCCCCCACCCUGCCUGUCAGCUCUGCUGCGAACAACACUGCCGCCACCACCCCUGUGCAAGGAAAUGGCCCUCAGUUCUACAGCAUGAACCGACCAAUGACGCGGCAGGCCGCGCCCUCGGUGGGUGGCUCCCUGCCCUACCGCCGCCCUUCCUCAGUCACCAAUCAGCCCAACAGCGCGCCUCAGAACACGCCCCUGAACGUGAGCCAGAGCCAACUAAACGGAGGCCCACACUACAACCAGAACCACGUCCCUGUGGCGCCUCCUCCCCCUUCCAUAUUACAGAUCACCCCACAGAUACCUCUGAUGGGCUUUGCAGCUCGGGUUCAGGAGACCAUCUCGGAUGCCCCUCCUCCCCCGCCGCCUUCAGAAGAGGUGGAGUUUGUGGAGACCGCCCCGCCCCCUCCACCACCGCCGCCCGAAGACUAUGACGAUGGUGACGAAGAUGAAGAGUCAGCAGUGGUGGAGUACAGCGACCCAUACGCUGAAGAGGACCCGCCUUGGGCGCCACGCAGCUACCUAGAGAAAGUGGUGGCGAUCUACGACUACGCACGCGACAAGGAAGACGAGCUCUCCUUCCAGGAAGGCGCCAUCAUUUACGUCAUCAAGAAGAACGACGACGGCUGGUUCGAGGGCGUGAUGAACGGCACCACGGGCCUCUUCCCUGGAAACUACGUUGAGUCGAUCAUGCACUACGUGGAUUGAGCCACCAGAGGGUGCUGGAGCACUCAUCCAAAAUCUUUCUUCUUAGAUCCUUGCACAGUCGCUCCUAAGCCGUAUACACACGUUAACGUCACGUUACAUCCGACACCCACAUUUAUUCGUAAAGAAACAUUUGGAUGGACGGCAUUAAAUGGAUGAAGGUAACUAGAAGCAAACGAAGAGACAGGAUCUGGGAAAUCCACUGUCCGCUCAGUUCUAGUCCAUAAAACGAAUAGUGUUCUACAUUAUGAAUGUGUGUGUGUGUGUGUGUGUCUCCAGCGUACACUGAGAGACGGCGGUUGAAAGCUGCACGACACAUGCUUAAAAGAUUUAUAAGGAUCAUUUUUCAUGUUUUAACUUGAGCUCCUCUCCAACCUGAAACACUAAAGAUUAAUGUCACUGGUCCACCCCGUGGCAAACCUGCCACGUCACCUAUGACUCCCACAUCGCCAAAACCACCAGGCAACAAAAAGCAUCUCGCUGACCUUUUAAACAUUUAAGACCGCAGAUAAUUGAAGGAAGUUGACAUUUGGGAGGUCUUGUUUUGGCAUUGUCAGGGGAGAAGAGGCUGCGUGUUUUGUUUGGCUUUUUUCUUCUUCACAUAGGAAAUGACAUGGGUUCAGGUCGACAGUUUUAGCUGUAGGCUAUACCAAAGUUUGGAGCAUGGAGUGGCAUUCUGAACAUGACUGGGAGAUCCUUACGUUUAUAUUCCUUCACAUUCAUACUUUUCCAUCAGUUUACUGCUGAUACUUGCAGUUAUCUGUAUUCUUUGUACGUAUGUAUGAUAACACUAUUGAAAUUUAAGCUUGUGCCAUAAAAAAAGUGAUCAUAUAGUCAUAAAUGUUUAUGAAGAAGAUUUCUUAACCACCAUUCUUUGUGCUCAUUGGUUAAAAACAGAAGCUCUGAAAUGGUGGACUUUAUUUUGACCAACUUGUUAUGAAAAGUACUAUGUAUGUUCUAUAUUAAUUUUUCUGAUUCUGAUAAUGUGUUGAUGUAUGUAACCUAAGAGGAAUAAGGGCCCUUUUAUCUGCAAUAAUGACAGCACAGUUAGGGACUUCUCAGCAGGCAGGCUUUGGUCUUGAAAGCACAAGCACCAUUGAUCUAAAUGCCUUGAAAGCAAAACAUGGACACGAAAAGGUUUGAAAUGAGUGAGGACUCAGAGAAAGAAACCAGCCCAAACUUCGGAACAUUCUCUCUCGCAGGUGUGAUUGGUUCCCUCAUUCAAAUCUGUGCCAACACAGCCGUUUUUUUCUAUGAGGUACAUUUGAUGUCUAUGUUCAUGUAUGAGUGUGUGGGUUAGACUAUGUUGUGUGAUGCCUGGGUUUCACUGUUUGUGGACUAUUGGUGACUGCCUGGCUUGUCUGUGCAAAUUCCUUUUUAUUUUUGAUGAAUGAUCUGUGACUGUGUGAGAACUUGAGUCUUGCAUGUUGAUCAUUUCUGUGAUUUCCUCCCCCCCUUCCCAGUGAUGGAGAAUAAACUGGAUUUAUCUAGUCUGCA